AUGGUUCGCAAAGAUCCCAUCUUCGAAGCCCGUACCAAUGUCAAAUUACAUUCCAACCGACUCAAGAAGGAGGCUGCGCGGGCCGAGACGACCUUCAAGGCCGAAAAGGCCAAAGCCGACAAGGCGAUGAAGAAUCGCGAGUUCCAGAUCGCCCGCAUCCACGCCGCUUCGGCCGUCCGCGAGAAACGACGGCAAGUCACCCUCAAAUCCGAAGCCGCCCGUGCCGAUGUCAUCAUCAACGAGCUCAAGGCCGCUCAGAGCACCCGCGACACUUCCCGGACUCUCGCGCUGGCCUCGCGGGGCCUGGACGCUGCAUCCAAGAGCGUCAACCUCGAGCAUUUGGUAUCGCACGCCAACAACUUCCUCGCGCGGUCGGAAGACUUCAAGAUCGCCAGUAGUGCGAUCGAGGAUGUUGCACAGGGAGUCUCGAUGCAGGAGUACGGGGCGGAGGGCGAGACAGAGGUCGAUCGUCUCAUGGAGCAGCUGGCGGAUGACGCCGGCGUGGACAUGCGCAUGACCCUGGAGGCCGACAACGCCCCCAAAGAGGACGUCAAAGAAUCCAAGCAACCCGAAACCGAGGUCGAGGACGGGCUGGGAGCGCGACUGCGAGCAUUGCGGGCUGCAAAUUGA